UGGCAAACGGCGCGGCUGAUCACGGAUUUUGAGUCAGUCAGUCGCUCCGCUGGGAGCUGGUGCACCACCGCUCGCCCCCAAAUUUGAAUCUCCGCCCAGCUGCUCGAAAUCCAGCCGCGCCGCGUGCGCAGCCCACCGGUCACCGCUCCAGCCCAAGGAAGGGAUUGCGGCGCGCGCGACCAGACCGCGGCGCGCAUGCUCAACAGCAUCACCAACAUGGGCAAGAAGACCAAGAAGAAGGCCGCGCCGCCGCCGCCGCCGCUGACCAGCGGCCAGCGCGUGCGCUACCAAGGCGCCGAGGGCUUCGUCUCCAAAAUAAACGGAGACGCCUACGAGAUCGCGUUAGAUGGCGGCCGCGUCGUCCAAGCGACGAGAAACGACCUCGAGCCCAUCCACCGCCGUUUGUCCACGAAGCAGCCGUCGAACAAACUCUCGUCGACGCGGUCGUCCACCGAGCUCGAUUACAGGGGCACGAACUUCGAGGACUUUCCGGACGAGGCCUUACCUCUCAUAGAAGUGUCGGACGACAAGGAGGUGUUGAAAGUGAAUGAGGAAGCUGUUGAAUUGUUGAGAAGGAUCGACUGCGCGAUUUGCCCCAUUUCCAUUGUUGGUCUUUAUAGGACCGGGAAAAGUUCAUUGUUGAACUUCCUGCACGGCGGCAAGGCCGGCUUUCGCACGGGCCAUUCCGUUUCGAGAUGUACGAGAGGCGUCUGGAUUUAUGGAAGGCCUACAAGGGCUACGUUAGGGGAUGGGACACAAGUAGCAGUCGUCCUCCUAGAUACGGAGGGCGUCGGCGGCCUAGAGGCCGAUAGGAGGUACGACGAGCGCAUCUUCGCAUUAGCAACACUACUUUCUGCGACUCUUGUGUAUAACUCGCUCGGUAGCAUCGAUGAGAACGCAAUUGGUCAGUUAAGUUUCGUGGCCCAAUUGUCGCGGCACGUGCGCUUCGCUCCGAAAGAAGAUAAUGAUGUUGAUGAGGGCGACGAGGCCGAGGAGGACGCGCGACGCUUGGGUGCUGUUAUGCCCGCGUUCACGUGGGUGCUGCGGGACUUCGCGCUGGAGCUCGCGGAUGAACGGGGCGACGCGAUCACGGCGGAUGAAUAUUUAGAUCGGUCCUUGAGGCCCCAACGGGGCUUCGAAGCUGCUGUGCUCGAGAGGAAUCGCGUGAGACACGUGCUCGGGGCGUUCUUUCCCAAGCGGCAGUGCCGGACGUUGGUGCGGCCGGUCCACGACGAAGCUAAAUUGCAGCAGGUCGAUUCUUUGUCCCCAGAGGAACUAAGACCGGAGUUUCGCAGAAACCUGGAGGAGUUAAAAGACGCGCUCUUCGCGCCCGAGCACGUCAAGCCCAAGUGCGCGCCCGGUUCCAAUGCACCGGUCUCGGGAAGUGCCUUCGUGGACCUCGCGCAGCAGUUCGUCGAGGCCAUCAACAAUGGGGGAGUACCCGUCGUCAGUAGCGCGUGGGACCACGUUUCUCAGACGGAGUGCACGCAUGCAUCCAAAGAAGCUUUGCAGUUGUACAGUGAAGUCUCGCUAGAUCUGCCUCUCGAUGAAGUGGAGUUACAUGCUCUGCUCGAGAAGGCUGAAAAUGACGCCCUGAGUGCCUUCGACGCCCGAGCUUUAGGUGACGCGCGACCGGAACACCGGAAGGACCUGAAAACACAACUCGCGAAGAAGACGAAGGACUGGCGUAGUCGUAAUGAUGCGGCGUCGCAGGACGCGUGUCGGAAAUCAUUGGACCAACUGUACAUGGACGUGGUGUUUGAAUCUCUGCAGAAUUUGGGGAAAGAGGAGGCCGGGGCCACGGACGCUGCUAUGAGGUUGGAAGAUGCCUGGAGCGAGCUGAGGAAGCGGUACGCGAAGGAUCCGAGGGCGCGGGGCCCGGCGCGCGAUCGAGCCUUGGCGUCAUGCUUGUCGAUGAAGUGGCCCGAGGCGGCCCACGAGCUGGCGCGUCGACUGGAGCAGCGGUGCGACGAGGCCGUGCGGAAGGAGCACGACAAGUUGGUCGGGGCGCGCGCCGAAUUGGCUGAAUUAGAAGGGAGUGCUGCCGCGCGCGCGAGGAUGCUCGAGGACGCCCAAGCUGCAUUGGUGUCGACGCAGCUCGAGAAGGCGCGCCACGAAGCCCGGUGCCAGGCCGCGACGCGCAAUCUCGAAGAGGUGCAGAGAAGGAGCGACCGCGACAAGGGACGGUGGGACGAGGAAAGGAAAAGGUUGGAGGUCGAGCUGGAGCGGUGCCGCGCGAAGCUGAGCGUGGCGACGGAGAAGGUCAACAACCAAGAACGAGCGAAGGAGGAUUCCAUGCGGGCGCUGCCGUCGCCGUCCAAUACCGCGGGCAAGGGGGGGUGCGCCUGCGUCGUGGCGUAAGGGGACAGUUUUCUAUACCAUGCGCGGC